UUCUUGAACAUGGCGUACUCUGUCAAACUUUCAAUUGAAGCGGUGAUCCAAACUAAAUUCGCUUUCAAAGGAAAAUGAAAACCCUGAUAACAUUUUUAGUGCUCACCGCAUUCUGGAUCAUUGUCGCUUUAGUUGGUUGCUUGGUUGCAAAACGUUUCAAGGAGCGAGGUGUCAUCAAAUGUUGUGUUAUUCUUACUGCCGUCUGCUGCUGGCUCCUCUGGGUAUCCACGUUCCUUAUGCAGUUGAAUCCGCUCAUUGGACCACGGGUUGAUCAAAUAGUCAUUUUCGGAAUGAUGUCUUACUGGGAGAAUUCUUAUGUGAUAAAUGGCGACGAAGAUAAGUAACUCCAUGGACCGAAAACGUCGCCAUUAUUCUCCAUCGCUGAGAUCUAUUUAAAAUGGAAUACAAUGCUGUGUUGAAAUAAUUUUAGCUCUACUUGACUUUGACAUAUUGUUCAAUUGUCUAUAUGGUCUCUAUACGUUUAAAAUCUCAAGUAAAAAUUAAAAUAUAAUAUAGGAAAUGUGGAAUAUAAAGGCUUCAGAUAAUUAUGGCAUGGUUUCUAGUCUCCGACGGAAGAACCCGAGUGAAAUAUAAAUACUUCCUGCUAAUUGCAACUUGUCACAAUAGUACUCCGCACUGGCUCUGGCUAAUAAACAAUAGAGAUAACUUUUAUUCCUAAGCAGUAUAUUAACGAAUAAUGUUUAUCGGAAGAACAGCGUGAGAAAUACAUUAACCUGUUCGUUAAAUGUCCAUUACUAAUGAAUAUAACUUUUCUGACUAUGGCAAUUGUUUUUCACACUCACUCGAAUCACUGGUGGAAAGCUGGCGCCACCUAUGUGCCAUUGUACGAACAUACAUAUAUUUAUGCCGAGCGGGGACACCAACCGAACUUGCAAUCUAUUUUUGUCACUAGCUGUCUGCUAUGAAACUGGUUAUUUUCUAUGGUGCGACAAUCGUAGAUAGGAAAGAUAAAUACUAUGUUAUUCACAGUUU